CCUGCCAAAUGUUGUGAAAUGGGCAUGGUAAUUAUGAGGUGUGGUCGGGAAAAGGGGCGUGGUCACAAAGAUUUGUUUCCAAAAUGUUAGGAGGUCCAUAUGGUCUAUGGCCAGUGGUUCAUACACAAGUAUAGUAUGCAUGCAACGCCACUACUCAUGCAAGCAACAAGGCAGCUUUUAUGUGCACCUAAAAAACGAACCUAUAUCCUAAUUUUUACGUCAGGGCUGCAAACAUGAGGCACUGAAAAGCAUCAACCACGUUCUAACAUUGUAUUUAACAUGCCACUUACCCCGGCUGACCCCCAGCAAGCAAUCGUGUCCCCACACGCGAUAACUACAGAGCGACACAGUGACAAUAUCACCAUUCGCUCACUAGAGAGCACACACAGGGUUACACGCGGCCCCUCCCCUCCUUUGUCAAACUAGGGCCAGAGAAACUUGGUGACAGGGAAACCAGCUGGUGACAAGAGUCAGACACAGUGACAGCAUCAACAGCAGAGCGGCCGUGUACUCUGCCCUCCUGUAACCGCCGGACAAACAACUCACCCGCUAUUGCACUGUCCCCCCAGCCAGUCUCCCUCACACGAUGCAUUAUGCAAGGUGAAACUUAAUCUUGACAGCCAAUCCAUAUUCUAUGAACAUACAGCAGUCGAAAGAAGGAAGCACAAGAGAUCGGGAUGUUGUGACGCUAAAUUUCUGUAAUCUUCCUGUCCGUGGGAUGUGCCUUCCUGUCCCUGUCUAAAGGAGCUAUGACUUUAUGUCAGUGUUUUUCAGUUAAGUUGGAUCACCAUCACCAAUAGGUUUUGCUUCCAGUAUUGUUUUAUUUCAUCCUUUUAACUACGUUCCUGAAAUGUGUGCUUAUCAGGCUGUAGAAGGGAAUAACUUUAUGGAAUUAUAUACAUGGGUUUUUCUGCAACACCAAACAUGGCUCUAAUGACCAGCUUUUGCACAAAUCUUGGGGCUCUGGAUUUUCUCCUAUUGGAAGUUUGAAGUCUCUGCCAUUACAGAUGGAGACGGCACCACCGAGGACUCCCCCCGAUCCAAGAAGGAUGCAGAAUGAUAUCCUAGAGGAACACACAGAGCUCUGGUGGUUCAGACAGCCUGUCAAAUCAGUACUGUGCUACACCCUGGCUGUACUUCUUAUUUUAGCAUGUGGUGUUGGUGGUAUUGUACUCCUAUCCACCACAACCAGUCGCUCUGGAGAAUGGAGGAUGGCCAUAGGGGCCACAUUAUGCAUUUUAGCCCUGCUAGUCUUACUCAAGCAACUACUGAGCUCUGCUGUGCAGGAUAUGCAUUGUGUUCAAAGACGUGACCACAUUGACAUGCUGAAAAGUGGUGGCUUAUCAGACACUGUGGUUUUUGUAUGCAGUGCAAUUAUUAUCCUUGCAUGCGGUGUAGCUCUUCUUGUAUUGUCUUUCUCUGGAGAAACACCCGGGUCCUCUACAGUACUGAUCACCAUGCACACUGUAGGAGUGGCACUUAUAACUGUUGGGGUUGUUAUGCUUUUUGCAAUUUUGAUAUACGUGAUAGUAAUAAUAUGCAAAUCUUGUGCCUCCAGUCGCUUUCAUCCCAGGAACAUAAAUGUGUUCUUUAUCUCCGGGCAACUGAGUGGAACACACCUACAGAAUACAACCUCCAGUAUGGCCAACCUUAUCUAAACAAAAGUACAGCAAACCAAAACAAUAAACUUAUCUGAGCUGCACACACUGCAUGAGCCAACAAAAGGCAAAGUACAUAGAGUCUGUGACUUGUGGCUCCUUGCUUUAGAUGUGCAUACAAUGAACGAUACAAUAUUUUUCUUUAUAUAAAUGAUGCAGAAUAAUAAGAAGGAUUUUCAUGGUAAACAUAUUUGUGAUGCUAAACCUGCUUACCCUAUCACCUUCUUCAAAAAACGAUUUUCUAUACUAGAAACUGACAUGUUCUCCCUGCAUAUUUUCUAACUAGGAAAUUUUCUAACCUAUGGUAACAAAAUAUGAAGCCAGUAAGGUUAAUAUGAGGUGGGCUAAAAGUCACAAUCCACCAUUGCUCAUCAAGGUCAUGUGCUGGAAGGACCUUUUUAGCUGAUAUCUACCCUGUGUGCACAGUGACAGGUAGAUUGCAUUUCUGUCACUGGACACAUAGAUGUGGAGGUAGGGGACAUAAUCUUCAGUUUUUUCAAUGGCAGGAAAAAACAACUAUCGUAUCUGUAAUAUUAAAGAAACUCGACAUUGACGGCACUUCUGGACAAAAUUUAAUAUAGCAGGUAGCUGGAAAAAACAAUGCAUUUCGGGAUCAAAUCCCUUAAUCAUAGGUUCCUAUGAGUAAGGGAUUUGAUCGCGAAACGCGUUUUGUCCAGCUACCUGCUAUAUUAAAGUUUGUCCAGAAGUGCCGUCUAUAUUGAGUUUUGUUAUUGGAUACAAUGGGGACACUGGAGACUGAGCACCUGGCAAAGGGAGGAACGAGCGGUGAGCUUGAGCGGUCUCUCCUUUUUGUUUUUUUUACUUUUAGUAUGUGUAAUAUUAGCCUUACACAUUGCUAUUCCAUCAUUUUCAUUUCCUUUCUAUUUAUGCAACUGAUAUAUGAGUGUUUAAAAGGGCAGUUCUGGUAUGAUGUAGGCAGUGAAAUUCUGAGACAAUUUGCCAUUGGUCUUCAUUUUUUAUUUUUGUGUCUUUUUUUUAUUAUUAUUGAACUUUUUAUUCAACAGCUCUGCGGUUAGAAAUUUCAGCAGCUAUCUGAUGGCUAGGGUCCAAUUUACCUUAGCAGCCAGGUAGUGGUCUGAAAUGGGAGACUGGAAAUAAAUAGGAGAGGGCUGAAACAUAAGUAAUAAAAAAAAUCCAAUACAAUAAAAUUGUAGCCUCACAGAGCAAUAGAAUUUGGCUGCUGGGGACAAUAAAGGAAAAUUUAAAAGCUGAUUAAAAAACUAUAAAUUAUGUUAAGACAAGCUGAUAUGUUUCUAAGGAUUGGACAUUCUACAAGAUACCAAAAUUCAGCUUAAGGGUAAGGACACACGCUGCUAUUUCGGGAGAUUAGUUGCCCAGCAACAAAUCGAUUCUUUUUCGGGCGACUAAUCUCCCCGAACUGCCUCCC